AUGCUCGGUUUAAGCAAGUAUGCCGUGAUUCUGGCUACUGCUUUGAGCAUCAUCACACCAACGAUUGCUCGCCCAACAGAACUUCACCCCGGAGAUGCGUCUGAUCUGAUCAUAAACGCCAAGGACACAGUCAACGGAACAAUCUCUGCAUCGGCAAGCAAGUUCCAAAGCGUUGCCACAGACGGCACCGCAUUGACACUGACCAUCACCAACAACAUCGCUGGCACGGUGAACUGCUAUGUCAACGGUCAAAACCCGAACCAGAACAAUGCUCCGGUUAUAUUGACUCCAGACUUCUCAUGGUACUACCCUUCAGCACCAAGCACUGCUAACGGUGUCCCUGCGCCCAUAUCUGAGACUAUUGCCAUUCCACUCGGUGCCCAGGGCUCAAGCACCACGAUCAAAAUCCCCAGCUAUGUUAUCUCGGCACGUGUUUGGUUCGCCGUUGGCGAGCUUCAGUUUUUCACCGUUGGUAACGCGGAUGGCACUUUCUCGAUUGUCCAGCCAUCGCAGACCAACCCCGCUGAUCCUAGCGCUGGCAUCAACUGGGGCUUCAUUGAAUUCACUUACACAGCUGGUGGUGGUAUCUAUGCUAACAUCAGCUACGUCGACUUUGUCGGCCUGCCGCUCGGCAUGUCGCUCACAGAUACCUCUGGUGCCGUUCAAACCGCUCUUGGUCUCACCUCAGACGCCGUAACUAGCGUCUGCAAAGAUUUGACCUCUCAAGCUCAAAGAGACGGCCUGCCCUGGGAUGCUCUGUGUCAAACCAUCAAUGGCGCUGUCAUACGUGUCCUCUCACCAAACGAUUACAUGGCUGCCAACCCCAGCAGCGGUUUCGAGACCUACUUUGACGACUACGUCAACGAGGUUUGGUCCAACUACACCAGCACCACACUUACCAUCAACACCCAAAACAACGCCGGUAACGUGUCUUGCACCGUUAGCGGCGACACCCUCGAAUGCGACGGCGACGGCAUCAACUACAGCAAGCCCUCCACCGCCGACAUCUUCGGCUGCAACUCCGGCCCCUUUGUGACCAACCCCUCCGACACUCCUGUUCAUCAAGCCACUAUCCCUCGUCUUUGUGCAGCAUUCAACCGUGGUACUUUGUUGGUUGCUGGUGGCGAUGUUCAGCCUAGCCUUGGAGCGGAUUCGUACUACACCACUGCUCCCUCAAAUUACUACUCGGCGAUUGUGCACAAGUACGAGAUCGAUGGAAAGGGUUAUGCUUUCGCUUAUGAUGAUGUUAAUCCCUCCGGUAAUGAUGAGAAUGCCUCCGGUACUGUUUCAUCGGCCAACCCGUCUAUCUUGAGUGUUACUGUUGGUGGUGCUAGUACUUAG